UUAUUUAUUUAGGAAUAUGUGUUUAAGAAUAAUGGAGGAUCUGAGGAAAGUUUGUGUGAUGGAAUCGAAGGAAGAAACUUCCGUCGCCGGGGAGGCGAGCCUAGAUGGGCUGCCGUCGGCUCUGGUGGCGACCGUCAUGACGAAGCUGGACAUCGCCUCCAUCUGCUCCCUCGCCUCCACCUCCUCCGCCUUCCGCUCCUGCGCCCGUCACAUCCUCUCUUUCCUCCCCUCCUUCAACCUCCUCGACACUGCUCCCUCCGGCGACAUGCUCAGACCCUUGCUGCCGCCCAAUCCCUACCUCACCACUCUCAAGCUCGAUUGUUCCCGCCUCGAUGACUCCGCCAUCGCCUUCCUCCUCAAACCCUCCCUCCAAGACCUCUCUCUCCACAAUUGCGCCGAUUUUAGUGGCAGACUCUUGUCUGAGAUCGGCAAUCGCUGCAAGGAUCUAAGGUCUCUUUACCUUGGCUCCGUCGCCGAGAAAAGAGGGAGGGCCAUUCAUAUUUCCGAUCUGGAGGAGUUGCUCAGCGGUUGCUCCCACUUGGAAGCACUGAUUCUGAUGUUUGAUGUCUCUCUCUUUCUACGGCACAACUUUGCUCGAGUUUGGGCUUCUGCAUCAGAGAAACUCACUUCUCUUGAGAUUGGCUACAUUUCUUCAGUUACCGUCACUGAACUGCUCAGCCCAAAUUUGGGAUCCCAUCUGCCCUCAAAUCCUGUUCAACCGGCUAUACUUCCAAGCAUUCAGAAACUGUGUCUUAAUGUAGACUAUAUAACUGAUGCUAUGAUUGGCACAAUAUCCAAAGGUCUAAUGUUUUUGACGCAUUUGGAUCUUCAAGAUGCACCAUUGAUUGAACCAAGAGUUACGUUUGACCUGACCAACGCUGGUCUUCAACAAAUUAAUCAACUUGGGAGAUUGAAACAUCUUUCACUGGUUCGAAGCCAGGAGUUUCUCAUUACCUACUUUCGAAGAGUGAAUGAUCUGGGAUUGCUUCUAAUGGCAGACAAGUGUGCAAACAUGGAAAGCAUAUGCCUUGGUGGCUUUUGUCGCGUCACAGACACUGGUUUCAAAACCAUCCUGCAUUCUUGCACUCGCUUGUACAAGCUUAAGGUCACUCAUGGGACUCAUUUAACUGAUUUAGUUUUUCAUGAUAUUUCCGCAACAUCCCUUACUUUGACACAUGUUAGCUUAAGACGGUGCAAUCUGUUAACUAACCAUGCUGUUUUGAGUUUGGCAUCAAACAAGGAACUCAAAAUUCUUGACCUGAGGGAUUGCAGAAGCCUUGGGGACGAAGCUCUCCUGGCCAUUGGCACUCUGCCUAGACUGAAAAUUUUACUAUUAGAUGGCUCUGAUAUAACUGAUGCAGGACUUUUGUACUUAAGAGCAUCUGUUAUUAGUUCACUGUAUGCAUUGUCUCUUCGUGGCUGCAAGAGACUAACAGAUAAAUGUAUCACAGCUCUAUUUAAUGGCUGCUGCGUGCUGGAAUUGCGAGAACUGGAUCUAUCUAACCUUCCUAACCUCUCGGAUAAUGGAGUUCUGCUGCUUGCAAAAAGUAGGAUUCCCUUCUUUGAGCUCCGUAUGCGACAAUGCCCUCUGGUUGGUGAUACUGCAGUCAUGGCAUUAGCUUCAAUGCUAAUUGACGAGGCCAAACAUGGAAGCAGUUUGCGAUUGCUGGAUUUUUAUAACUGUGGUGGCAUUACAGCGCUUGCAUUUCGCUGGUUGAAGAAACCAUAUUUUCCAAGGCUCAAAUGGUUGGGAGUGACAGGGAAUGUUAACAGAGACAUGGUAGAUGCCUUAGCCAGAAGCAGACCUUUCUUACAUGUGGCAUGCCAUGGUGAGGAGCUUGGGGCUGAUCCCUACGAUACUUCAGAUGGGUUAUACACACAUGAUUAUGAUGACGUGGAUGAGUUUGAGCAAUGGCUUCUUGAAGCUGAUAUUGACAGUGACUUUGAAGAGAUGGGCGAUGCUGAAAAUAAUGAUGAAAUGGUUGCGUGACUUGCUUUUAUACCGUUGUCGUGUAUCUUUAUGUGAUGACUCUGUAUGUAUAUCUGUUUGUUGUAACUUUGUUCUCUGGCUAGAUGUUAUUUGUCACAGGUUUUAGUACAAAAGACUUCUGUAUGAUCCUUUUGAUGUAACUCCGUAUGGAUAAUGUUGUGUAAAAUGUCUCUAGAUUUUUAA